AUGCCUGACCCAAGCCUUGUUUACAACCACUCUUGGCAUAACGCGACGCGCAAUUUCGAAACUCCAGUCUCCCUGAGUUAUAAUUUUACUGGAACCGCCUUGUACAUCUACGGGAUAAUCGCCAACGUGACAUCUCUAAACACCACUUCAAACGUCAGCUUGGUGCUCAAUAUUGACAACAAGACUUAUAGCCAGGAGUUCCUUGCACAAAACGGGGAUAUGUACCGCUACAAUGUGCCCGUGUUCUCCAUUCACCACUUGGAAGAGACGAACCAUACGGUUUCUAUAUCGCUGCAAGAAAAUUCGCAAUUCCUCUUUGAUUAUCUAGUUUACACGAAUCCUGACGCUGCAGCUUCAUCCUCUCUUUCCAAUACCUCGCUCAUAUCUGUUAUCAUUGUGGGAAGCCUCAUUCUCGUUUUCGUUCUUGCCGCUCUCGUCUCCCUUUUCCUCCACACACGGAGAGUAAGAUUCGAUCCCUCAAAUUUACCUUCAGCAAAAGACAUGCUUCCGACUCCAUUCACCUUGCAACAACCAAGCAAUACACAGUUGUCUGGCGCCGCGAGUUGGAGAAAUUGCAGCACGCCCAGGUCACAUUCUCCAACGGGGCCCUACGAAGCGCGGGAUAACGAAACGUCGAAACAAUCCAGUGGACUACAGGGACAGAAGGAGCACCAUGUCGGCGGGAGCGUGGACGACCGGUCGUCUGUCUCGUCCAAGCUAGAAGCAGGAGACUCCGAUAUAACGUCAGAAAGAUACCAUAUCGUACGUGCUAGAGGAGGCGAUUUGGUGUCAACUGUCAUUUCGCGGUGGUCCGACGAGGAUCUACUGGGCUCUGGAACAACGAGCCUAUCAAUCAGGACGGAGAGAGUGCCCCAAACAGGCGCGAUACCACCGAGAGGAGUAGGCGGGAAGAGUGCAUCGAGAAAUUCUGCACGAUUGGGAUAUGGGGCACAAGGAUGGAACGUCGCGCCUCCUCCACCUUACUAUGUCGAACAGACGCAAUAA